CUGGAGUUCUACUGGAAAAGAAAACAGAAGAAGAAAAACCAAAGGAGAAGACAGAGGAAACAGCCAGAAGAGAAAAAGGAAGAAGAAGGAGGAGACUGUCCCAACAACUCCAAGAGUACCACCAAGACUCUUCCAGAAGAAGAGUUAGAGAAAUAUCGACACAAAUGUGAGAGAAAAACCAAAUUAAGAGAACAACAACAACAACAGGAAGUUGGGAACCUGUUGUUUUUGAAACUCCAUUCUCAAAGACACAACAAUUCUAUGGACCAGUCGGAUAUCACUUUAGCUGGAGUUCUACUGGAAAGAAAACAGAAGAAGAAAAACCAAAGGAGAGACAGAGGAAACAGCAGAGAGAAGAAAAAUGAAGAGAAGAAACAGAGAGUGCCCCAACAGCUCCAGAGAGUACCACCAAGACUCUCCAGAAGAAGUAAUAGCUUCUGA